GCCGGGAUUGCUUGGGUCGGUUGGUCGGGGCGGGCCGGCGGGGCAAGCGAAUUUGCGGUUACACCGCCGAUCUCGAAGCUUCGGUCCCUCGGAAACUGCCCCUGCUGCAUCCGCCAUGGCGAACAGCUUCUACGGCUCGAGGGAAGGGCUGACUGUCAGGCCUGCUGCAUCAUCAAGCUCCAGCGAGAUUUCUCUCCAGAUCGACCCAAUCAAUGCUGAUUUGGAUGAUCAUAUCCUCGGACUUCGUGGACAAGUCCGCAAGCUAAGAGGAGUUGCUCAGGAGAUCCAAUCAGAGGCCAAGUAUCAAAAUGAUUUCAUAUCUCAGCUGCAAAUGACUCUGACAAAGGCCCAGGCAGGGGUCAAGAACAACAUGAGGAGAAUGAACAAGGGCAUCAUACAGAACGGUUCAAACCAUCUUGUUCAUGUGGUCCUGUUUGCCCUUGGCUGCUUCUUUCUAGUGUACCUUGUGUCCAAAUUCUCCCGGAGAUGAAAUACCAGCUAUUUGUUUCGGGAGAGGAAAGGGGAAGAAAUACUGUAACUGGGUCAAUUUCAGCCAUAGUGAUAUGGCACCACAUGUCGGUAUUGAUUGACACGGCAUUUGUUCUUCUGUAUGUUGUACAUACAUUUGGGGUUAUGUUGAUAUGCCAACUUGGGUGCUGUUUCAUGUUUGCUGGAGGCAGUCUCAUAUAUCUGAAUUUGUGCAGACGUCUGUAUUAGAUAAAGUACCUUUUUUUCCUGCUUCUUCGUGGAAGUUAGGUUUCACAUCGUGCUUAAGUUUUGUUUGGACAGACAGGACAUUCUUGUAAUAACCGUGCACGUUUGUCCA